AUGCAUUUCACAUCCUCCUUCCUCGCCGCCGCCGCCCCUCUCCUCCUCCUCGGCACCACCACCUCCGCCUUCCAACACCACAACCGCGGCGUCGCCGCAGCAGCCACAUUCACAACCUCGGUCCUCCCCCGGGACGUCGCCGCCCCUGCCGCCGCCGCCGCCAAGACAGCUGCUGCAGCUUGUGGUGGCGCUGCUGCCGCUGGUGAAGAUGCUGGUGCGGCUGGGGCCGUGACCAACUCCCGCGUGAUGAUGAUGCUGGCGAUGAUGCUGGUGGUGAUGCUGGUGGUGGUGCUGGCGGAGGUGCCGCUGGAGGCGCUACGGGUGGUGCUGCUGGCGGUGCUGCGGGCGGUGCUGCGGGCGGUGCUGCUGGUGGUGCUGCUGGUGACGCUGGUGACGCUGGUGACGCUGGUGACGCUGGUGACGCUGGUGACGCUGGUGACGCUGGUGACGCUGGUGACGCUGGUGACGCUGGUGGUGACGCUGGCGGAGGCGCUGCUGGUGGUGCUGCCGGUGGUGCCGCUGGUGGUGCUGCUGGCGGCGCUGCCGGGAACGGCACUGCUGGCGCUGGCGCUGGCGCUGGUACUGGCAACGGCGCUGAUACUGGCAACGGUGCCGGCAAUGAUGCUGGGGCCGGGAAUGGCAAUGGUGCUGGCACCGGAUUUCAAGGCGGAGCCGGUACCGGCGCUGGCAACGGAACCAACACCGGCGCUGGCACCGGGGCCGGCGGUUCUGGGUUUGACAACGGAGCCGAUUCUGGAACUGGUACAGGAGCUGGCACCGAUUCUGAUAAUGGGGCUGACGCCGGCACCGGAGCUGAUGCCGGAACUGACUCCAACACCGGCGUCGGAGCUGGCGUAGGAGCUGGCGCUGGGGCCGCAACCGGUACCGGGUUUGGUGAAGGGGCAGGCGCUGG